AUGGGUCUCAUCAAGAGCCUGGCCAAAUUGACCGUCUACGGUGGUGCUGCCACGACUGGCGGUUUCUUUAUUUGGACGCGAAACUCGCAAUUCGUGCCAUUCUCUACUUCGGAUGCGAUCUUUCAGUCUGCCGCAUAUAACAAGUACAACCCAGAGAAGAACCCUACCAUGCAUGACUUGUGCGUUCGACGGGUCCCUCUGUCGAAGAUCAAGCCAGAGCUGCAGCAACCCAAUGGCAAGCUGGUAGAGCAAUUCUGCGCUGGCGUGUGGAGCGGAAAGGGCUACACUAUUCAGCGCGAGAUCCUUGCACGGAAAUACAGAGGACCCGAAACUGCUCACCAGCUCUGGACUCCGUCAGAUCUCAAGGCCUCAACUUACCCUGUCGGUACUCAGAUUACCGAUCACUUUGAAGUCCUCGAGCACACUCCCGAGAGUAUUGUCGUACGAUGUGGCGACUCGCCCCGCAAGACCGAAGUCCGUCCCGGCGAUGGCCUCUUCGAGAUUGGUGCCAAGGUCCUUGAAAAGGAGGGCGUGGCUGAGUUUACGCUCAAGAGUGUCUUCUACCAGGGCCUCGGCAAGGCAUCGGGCCCGCCCAUGCCAGAUUAUAUUGUAUGGCUUCACAAGCAGUACACGAAGCUGUGGAUGGAGACGGCCAUUUGGAACGUCACUGCCUAA